AUGCGGUUCAAUAGUAAUGGUUUUGAUGCGAAACGAAAAUAUAAAAUCAGAUCAACAGUGUAUUACGUGGCGGCUGCCGGUGUGUUGACCGUUGGUCUAAGCUAUGCGGCCGUCCCGUUAUAUCGAAUGUUUUGUCAAGCAUACAGUUACGGUGGUACCACCAGCCAAGGACAUGAUGCUGAAAAGGUGGAAAAAAUGCAUAAAGUUAAAGACAGAAUUAUCAAAGUAAAAUUCAAUGCAGACAUCGGAGCGUCCAUGCGAUGGAAUUUCAAACCACAUCAAACGGAAAUUAAAGUAGUUCCCGGUGAAACAGCUCUAGCUUUCUAUUCUGCGAGAAAUCCAACGAAUCAACCUGUAGUCGGCAUUAGCACAUAUAAUGUGGUCCCAUUCGAAGCGGGAGCGUAUUUCAAUAAAAUACAAUGCUUUUGUUUUGAGGAACAACAGCUUAAUCCACAUGAAGAGGUGGAUCUACCAGUGUUUUUUUACAUCGAUCCUGAGUUCAUUGAAGAUCCUAAAAUGGAACUGGUUGACUCGAUAACUCUAUCAUAUACUUUUUUCGAGUCUAAGGAUGGUUUGAACAUACAGAUCCCAGUGUAUGCCAAAAAGCAUGGAUGAAAAUCAAACAAAGGAUAAUUUUGUACAAACCACAACAGCAACUUUUAUUUUAUGCAUGUAGUUGCACGAAACAAAGGUUUGAUCAAAACUAAUCAUCUAUGUAAGGAAUGAUAGACAAAGACUAUAAAUACAAAAAGCUAGUUACAAUGUACUGAUUAGUUUUCAAUUUAUGUUAUCUAUUGCUAUUUUACCUUAGUGUAUCGUUGUUCUGACAAAAUAAUUGUUGAAUUUAUUUGGUUUAAUGGAUUUUUUUCCUUUGGUCUCCUCAUAGCGAUGCGUCAUGUGCCGACAUCAUCGAGGUUUAAUUUACUAUGGGGCGCAUUUUAUUGGUUGGGGAGUUUCAGUCAAGAUUCAACACGAAAAAUAAACUGUAAACUAAUGUGCUGUACUGUUUGCCAACGACUUUCAACUCAUUCAUUUACAGAGAGGACAAAAGUUUAUGCAAUCCAAGGAUGAGCAAGAUUUUGAUGAGUCUUAUUGCACGCACUCUUUCUUUUUUCUGUGUGUUUGAUAUAAUUUAAAAUAAAAUCCGUAAAUGGAUUCU